AUGACCAGGUUGCGGCAAACGCCGAUCAUUGUUGGUGUUGGCGAUGUCGUGAACCGCUCUCGGAAGAUCGAAGAUGCUGUCGAGCCUCUAGAGCUCAUGCUACAAGCAAUCAACAAUGCAUUGCAAGACACCGCUUUAGACAACGCAGCAGCUGCAGCGGUUCAAUCUAGUAUUGAUAGCAUCGACAUUGUGAGAAGCUGGACUUGGCCCUACCGUGACCUUCCAGGCUUAGUAGCAGACCGCCUGCAUGUCAAGCCUCGACGAAAGCACUACAGCGAGCAUGGUGGCAAUCAGCCAGGCUUUUUGUUCGAUGAGGCAGCCAGACGGAUCUCAAAGGGAGAGGGCAGGGUUGCCGUACUGACGGGCGGAGAAGCGUUGGCAUCGUUGACCGCAUGUGCUUCAGCCAAGCGUCUUCCACCUCCGCAUUGGACGCCUGUUGAUGAAGAAGUCAACAGCGUCUUCUCGCCUACCACUCGCGAGCUCAAAGCCAACCUUGGAGCUAAGCAUGGCAUUGGCAACCCAAUACAGGUAUAUCCUCUCUACGAGAACGGGUUUCGCGCAUAUCGACGGCAAAGCAUCGAAGACAAUAACGUCGAGUCUGCCAGGUUGUACAGCCAGUUUGCCACAGUUGCCGACGGCAAUCGUUUUGCAUGGUCCUACGGUACUCCUGUGACAAAUGAGGAUGGCAUUGGAGCAGUCUCGGGCAAGAACCGAAUGAUUUGUUUCCCUUACCCGCUACUCAUGAACGCGUUUAACACGGUCAACCUAGCCGCGGCAUGUAUUGUGACCUCGACAGACUAUGCUAGAGAGUUGGGCAUACCCGAAUCAAAGUGGAUUUACGCCCUUGGUGGAGCAGGCACAAGAGACAACGACGAGUUCUGGAAGCGGCCAGCUUACUGGUGGAGUCCUGCAAUCUCCCGCUCGCUUGAUGCGGGCAUCGAAGCGUCGGCGCUGCAGAAGGAAGACAUUGAUCUGUUCGACUUCUACUCCUGCUUCCCAAUCGUGCCAAAGCUGGCAUGUGAGCAUCUCGGCUUGCCGAUAGUCAAUUCACCUAAACCUAUCACGUUGCUGGGAGGACUCACGUCUUUCGGAGGUGCAGGAAACAACUACUCUAUGCAUGCUAUUACGGAGAUGACACGCCAACUCAGAAGUGGAAAAGGCAAGACCGGUCUUGUUUUAGCGAAUGGUGGCGUAGCAACCUACCAGCAUGUCGUAUGCUUAUCGAGGAGUCCGCGCCGAGACGGUUUGCCAUACCCGGAGAACAAUCCACUGCCCGCGGCGAUUACGGACGUUCAGGUACCAGAGGUGGACGAGCAAGCGGAGGGUGAUGCUACGGUCGAGACGUAUACGGUUGAAUUCGCAAGAGACGGCCAGCCCGCACAAGGGUUCGUUGUUGGCAGACUGAAGAAGACGGGCCACCGUUUUGUUGCAAACCACGCCGACGAUCAGACGCUUCACGAAUUAUGCAGCCGCCAGAGCGAGCCGAUUGGCAGAAGUGGCAGAGUAAGCCGUGGUGCAGACGGAAGGAAUGUCUUUACGUUUGCGGCCACUAUGGCGCGGCUGUAGCACAGUUCGCGAUAAACUUCAAUGCUGUGAGUCUUCACAAUCUCGAUGUGACCGCC